AUUAUUGCCACCGAACCUGUUCAGGACAUACACCGGGCUUAUGCACUCAUCGUUCAAGAGGAACGGCAUAAGAGCAUUGUCCGUGGCCGAGAUGACCGUACGGACGCUCUCGCCUUUGCCAUGCAGCGUCCCGCUCCUACCUUGGGUCGUGGAGACCCCCCCCAUUAUUCGUGCACACAUUGUGGAAAAGACGGCCAUUCCGUGGAUCGGUGCUAUCAAUUGCAUGGGUAUUCGCCCGGGAAGGGCCGUGGAGGUCGCGGCACUGCAUCCGGACGAGGGAGUCGCGGCGGUGGCAGAACGCCGUCCGGCGGCAGUAGCGCCCCUGGCCGUGGGUCUGGACGAGGGAUAGGAUCGGCGACAGGGGGAGCAAAUGCAGCCACCAAUUCCAACGCCCUAGGCCUCACACCUGAUCAGAUGACUCGGUUACUUUCCAUGCUCGACGUCUCUUCUUCCGACAAGGAUACUGGGUCUAAUGGUGAGGCAUCGGCUCGUGAGUGGCUUAUUGACAGUGGCGCCUCUCAUCACAUGACUGGAUUGUGUCACGAAGAUGGAGAUUGGACGGGGUGAUGCACACAAUGGAGUUUUCCUGUUUCGUCCAUGUUCUACAGCAUUUGCUACCCAAGUGGAUCCUUCUCUCCUUCAUAAACGCUUGGGGCAUCC